AUGGAGAUGAUACGUUCGUUCUUCGAAACGAAUGAGCUGAAAUGGGAGACUUGUGUGGAGUAUUGUACCGAUGGAGCAGCUAUGCUCGGAUCAAGGUCAGGCUUUCAGAAAAAAAUCAAAGAGCUUGCACCCCUAGCAAAGGGAUUGCACUGCAUGAUUCACCGGUUUGCCCUCGCUAUUAAAACUCUCCCGGAGCCUCUGCAAGAAGUGCUCAACUCUUUGAUCAAAAUCGUUAACUAUAUUAAAUCUAGUGCUCUCAACACCCGUCUUUUCAAAGAACUCUGUAAAGACAUGAACUCUGAUCAUGAGACUCUUCUGUUCUAUAUUGCUGUUCGUUGGUUGUCCAAAGGGAAUGUUAUUGAACGUGUAUUUGAGCUAAAGGACGAACUCAAAGCCUUCUUGGAAAUGCAAGAGAUAUCAGAUUUUAUGGAACAUCUCAAUAACCCAGCUUGGAUACAAAGAGUUGCUUAUUUAUCGGACAUCUUCGGUCAGUUGAACAAGUUGAAUCUGAAACUUCAGGGAAAUGACUUGCACCUCAUCUAUUUUAAAGAUAAUCUCUCGGAUAAUCUCCAAGCAUUUGUGUCCAAGAUUGGAAACUGGUGA